AUGUCUGACAUAAAUUCAGAGUUCACUCUUUCGUCUGAUUCAGAUUCAGAGGAUUCAGAUUACAGCAUCCAACCUGUCACUCCGCCAAGUGAUGGGGCUACUCUAGAACAUUUUCAGGAGUACAUCAAGUAUCUUCAACUUCAAAAAGGAAGACUAGAGGAGCGCAAUGCCACAUUAAAUGCGACUAACAACAUCCUCAUGUCAAAUCAGCCACAGCAGUCAUGCAAAUGUUCUCCUGGUCAGGUACCAUUGUCUACUGCAUUUUUAGUAUUAUUGGCUACAAUUGCAACAACAGCUGCAGCUGACUCUGAUCGAGAAUCAGAGAAGGUAAUCAUGGACCUGGGGAAGAAGUACGGGCUUACCACUGAGAUGUUUAUGCUUGACGAUUCAAUCUUCAAAUUACCAUGUCCUGAUCUUCCUGCCGACAUCCAAGGUGCACGCCGUUAUGCAGAUAAAUCAACAGAGAAGGCUGCCCUUGUGACAGAGCUCCAUGGCUGCAUUGACCACACACUGCACCCUCACAUGUUGACCACUCACUUCAUAAACAAGUUUUGCGCUGGAAUGCAAAGAGUGUGUUCUUCAUACCACUAUGCAUUGUGGACCGUGGCUGGCAGUAUCUUCAAUAUGUCCCCCAAAUAUUUCUCUGCAUUGUAUGAUCACAUGUCUAACCAGCAGAUCAUGGACAUGAUUAGAUGGGUGGCAGGUAAGGGGAAAGACUUCAAUGUCCUCAAGGCACCUAUCAUCUAUCGUGAUCUGAAGUUUAUCAAGGUUGUAGUGGGCAACAAGAUGUCAAUCUAUUCAAAGUCAGGACAUGGCGGAGGUCCGAGCCCCUACUGUGAGAUGUGGCACCUGAAGGCUUGCACACCCAGCUUAAUUGCAUGUAGCGUAACUUCGAUGAUCUUUUUGCUGUCUCCCAAUCAACAAUUCCCAGGUUCAGGUGUCGGUGCCACCUCAUCAAUAUCUUACUCCACUGUCUUUCAAACUAUCAAGCAGUUUUUUGUUGCCCAAUGGGCACAUCUGCAUGUUCAAGCCAUUGUGAAAAACAUGAACAGCUAUGUUUUUGAAAACAUUGACAAGACCGCCCAUGAUGCAGACAAUUCAGAUGCUCAGGCUAUGGGUAUAGAGGAUUGUACUGAUUCACUACAGCGGGUGAUGGCCAACUUGGAUGAUGACAACUCAGAUUCAGAUGAUGACAACGCAGCACAGGCAGCACCACCAGCCAGCAUUGGCCCAUCUGGCAUCUAUGAUAGUGCACCAGCACUGCCCACUGCACCUCCUGCACCCAGCAUUACCGUUUCACCCAGUAGAAACAGUGGUAGUCAUUCUGGACCGAUAUUUCCUGCACCUCAGACUGCACCUGCUACUGCACCUGCUCCCCGAUCCCACCCUGCUGCUAUUCAAGUAGCAGUAGCAUCUGUGGAAGGUGUGUUUGGUGAGGGUGAAGAUACAAAGGUCAUGGCGCAGAAAAAGGGGAGGAGAAAGGGCAAGGCAGUUGUGGCUAGCACAGACGUGGCCCCUCGCCGCUCUUCCUGCAAUGGUGUUGCAUAA